UAUCGGAUUGUACGUUAAACAAGCGGCGAGCGCGCAUUGCAGCGCAGACAGUCAACAGGAAUUUUGUUUGGUUUAGUGGCAGCCAAGUCAUUUAAGCAGCUCGAUAUGAAGCGCGGCAAGGAUGAAGACAAGGAUGAUGUUGGUGUCGGCAAUGCUGCUGUGGGCAACAACAGCAACAGCAACAACAACAACAAUAGCAAAAUAAAUAACAACGCUUCACCCAACAUCAGCAGCGGCAGCAACAGCAAUGAUGCCAACAGCGGCAGCGGCAACACGCCAGGCACUGUGCGCACCACGGGUCGUGUCAAGAAACCCAAACAAGUUUACGAUCCGUCUGACAAUUACAUAUCACGCGGAUCGCGCAACUCGCUGCCGGCAUCGGCACCGGCACCAGCACCGGCGCCGUUAACAGCCCAGUCACCGUCACCCGCACAGAACAUUAGCGCAAUUCAACAACAGCAACGGCAGCUGUCGCCGCAGCCGCAGGCACAGACGCUGGCAACGCAGCCAAAUCCACCGAGUCAGCAAGCAGCGCUUGUUAGCGCCGGCGAUGUGGCGCCCCAAACAGUUGCUAAAGAGGAAGCCAGCGAGACAGUCUCAGUGCCCAGCGCGGAGCAGCAGCGCAAUUUUGAUACUUGCAUGAAGUGCGGCAAGAGCGAAGCCAAGCGUGGCUCAGGCUAUAAAAGUAAUUUUCUUACCUGCAAGUCCUGUUCCUUGAAAUGGCACUUUACCUGCCUGCCGAUCACAUUUGAAAUACUAACCAAUGCACGCAAGAAAUACAAGUGCGAGAAAUGUCGUCGCUGCCGCAACUGCAUGACCACCAAGUGCGCCGACACAGUCCAGGAGCUGUUGAUGUGCUGUGUCUGUGCGAAUGUUUAUCAUUUGGACUGCCAUUGGCCGCGCGUAAUGCGCGACAAGUUGGAUGACGUCAAAUGGAAGUGCUACAGCUGUGAUCCCAGAUACAACUCGUUAGAUACUGACGAUGAUGUCGCCAAAAUAGAGCCACAGUCGCCGCCGCGUAAAUCCAAAGCUGGACGCAAGAAGCGGGCCACUUCUGAUCCAGCUGUUGUCGUUGCCAAAAAGAUAGCCGCCAAUCAAGUGAUGACUAAAAAUGGCUUAACCGACCGUUGCAGCAGUCCCAGCAAAAUUCAAACUGUAGUUAACGCUUCCCCAAGCGCAACGACAACGCUGUCAAUGCAAGAAAACGAGACCAGCACAGAGACUAAGGAGGCGACACAGCCGCCACAGUCGCCGCCAACCGCCUCGGGCCCGGUUCCAGUUUUGCCAAGUUCAGUAGAAGACAAAGAGAAUGGAGAGAGUACAAAUACUUCUCAGACAGCAGUUCCCGAUAGCGGCGAACCAUCGUCGACCGUGCAGACCUGGAACGUUGAUGAGGUGGUUAGCUAUGUGGAGAAGUACUACCCGCGUGAGGCUGACGUCUUCAAGACACAGGAAAUUGAUGGUGCUGCGUUAAUGGUGCUAACGCGCCAGGAUAUCAUCGAUCGGUUCGGCCUAAAGCUCGGCCCAGCGCUGCGCAUUUACGAGCUGGUCCUUGCCUUGCAGAACUCCGUCGAUGAUGUAACCCUGGCCUGGUGUGAUUAGCUUUUCUUUUUUUUUUCUUUCACUUUUUUUAACAACAACGUUUUCAUAGUUUAUUCUAUUUUGUUAAGUUUUAAGUUAGUGCACGCUCAGCAGAAGAAGAAGGAGAAGGAGAAGAAAAAAUACUCUUUAAGCUCGUUAGUUAGGAUCAACGAAGACCUACCUACCAUUUGAUUUCCUCAUUAAUGUUACACAUUCAUAUGUAUAUUUUACUGCAUAAAAUAAAAACUUUCAGUUAGGCCAGACUUACUGGAUACGCUUUUCCAUCGGGCCUAUAAACUAAACGAA